UAUUGGCUCAUGCAUGGGAUUAGAGCGCAGCAUGCACUAUCCGCGGUGAUUGGCUCGCGCGCGGGGCCGAAAGAAAAACCAUGCGGUUAGGUAUAAGAAUGGGCCAGACAACGGUGAUUUGUCGUUGUUUUGAUCUGUGAAGCGGUGAAGGCAAAUAAGGUCCGGAGGAGCACCGAAACCCUCUGGCGUCCGAAGAAGUCGAAUCAGCGGCGGCAAGCCAUGGAUGACCCAGAGCUAGCAGCCAUUCGGCAAAGAAGAAUGCAGGAGUUAAUGGCACAACAUGGCAUUGGCAAUCAACAGAAUGCAGAUCAGCAGAAAGCACAGGACGAUGCCAAGAGGGAAGCAGAGGAACGAAGGCAACUUAUGCUUAGUCAGAUUUUGUCUGCCCAAGCAAGAGAAAGACUUGCUCGAAUUGCUUUGGUUAAACCUGAGAAGGCAAGAGGUGUAGAGGAUGUUCUUCUACGAUCUGCUCAAAUGGGACAGAUAACUGAAAAGGUAUCUGAGGAGAGGUUCAUAUCACUUCUUGAGCAGAUCAACAUCCAAACUAGCAAACAGACCAAAGUGACAAUUCAGAGGCGUCGCAGUGUUCUUGAAGAUGAUGACUAACGGGCAUGGAUGGUUUUUGUGCAUCACAAUAAACAUAUGUUUCUAAAUCCUUGGAUUGUUUAUACUAUAUUUGAUAGCUUAAGGAGUGAUUGAAUUAUUUCAUAUAGGCAAACAUUAAGAGUGUAAAAUUAUGUGGAGGAUGGGAUUUUUCUUCGGGUGUUAUUAAUGUGCUCUCCGUUUACUUGUCGUAGCACUACUUUCUGCUUGAUCAGGGAUGUACAUUGGAUUAGCUGUGAACUUGGAUAUCAGACUGCCAUUGGUUACCAGCCUUCUCCACUCCAUGAGUGGAGCUUUGGUCAACAAAGAAUUCCUUUUAGCCAUGUUGUUAA